GCUUACCAUUCCCUCCAGAGAAGCUCAUUGCUGGGAUCCUGGGAAUCCUCUCUCUUGUUUUAAUGUUCACUGUGGUAACCAGACUUGUCAUUGCCUCUACAAUACCGCAGACACAGAACAAUUCUUCGGAGACUAUCAUAACUCAGAAAGCAUAUCACUGUGGUCAUUGUCAAGAGGAGUGGUUCACAUAUUCCAGCAAUUGUUAUUACACUGAUAAGGAAUUAAAAACUUGGAAUAAGAGUGUGAUGGCCUGUGCUUCUAAGAACUCCACUCUGCUUUACAUAGAUAGUGAAGAAGAAAUGAAAUUUCUGAGCAUGCUGUUAUGGCAUUCCUGGACUGGAGUCUCUCGUCACAGCAGUGGUCAUCCAUGGGUGUCAAUAAAUGGGUCAGCUUUCAAACUUAACAUAACAGAUAUAGAACCUGGUAAACGGAACUGUGCUGUGCUAACCUCAGGUAGACUUCAAUCAGAUGAAUGUGGAUCUUCAAAAAUGUACAUUUGUAAGCACAAGCUUUAG